GCCAUUUUGCCGCUCAUCAUAUUGGUGUCACCUCGGUAUUUGGCCAAGCCGCAGGCUCCCCUAAGCAACGAACAUCACGGUUGCCUGCGAAAGGCAACAAGUGGUGACCCCCGACGUGAUGCUUAGGGGAAGGAGUCGGCUGUCUGCUUGACGGGGCAGGAGCCCACCGCGGAGCAUCAGCACUUGCUGGGCGGUGGAAGCCGGGGGACAAGCCCGGGGACAGAGGGAAUCUGCAGUCACCCCUCUGUCGGUGGAGGUCGCGGACGAGCGACGGAUAUACCCUCCGGAAUCACACCGGAGAAGAGCCUGGGAUCCUGGUCUCAAUCGGGAGGAGGAUCGGGGGCGUCAUGGAAGCCGUCAUAAAGGUCCGGCUGGAGAUAAGGUGGCGCCAGUCCCUACAACCCAUCCUGCUGUGAUAGCUCCGGGAACAAAGAAGGACGAAGUUGCAUCGAAUUGUUCAAGCGUGGAGGCCACAACACCCCCACCUCCGUAUCCCUCUCAAGGCUUAUAUCCUUCACUGAAGUCAGUCGGGGAGGGGGGGGGAAGGUCCUUAGAGGAAUGUGGUAACAUCUCCUGCAGGGCUGAUAAGCAGGCUUCGGGGGAGGGUACGGCAUUCCGAGGAGGUACAGCUCAACCCGUGUGUUGUGAUAACGAGUGCAGCUCAGUCUGUUGCUGUAGCAACUUCCCCAACGGGGCGGACUGCACCAUCCCGCCCUGCGGUGAAUGCAGGGGCGGAGCCCCGUGGCCAACGUCCCAGGGGUCCACCCCUGAGGGGUGCAGCCCCACAGCACCCACCCCGUGGGCUCCGCCCACGCUCACUGAUUGGGCCCGGGUGAGGGAGGACUUACGAGCAGCCGACCCAGCACGGCCGCCGCUAGCCCUUCCGGUCAUAGUCAAGACAGAGGGCCCGGCGUGGGUCCCUCUAGAUUCUAAAGCAAUAACCCGCCUUUCUGAAAUUGUUAAAACAAAGGGGCUGCGUUCCCCAGUAACAAUGGCGGCGGUAGAGGCCCUCAUGGCCUCUAGCCUACUGCCAUACGAUGUGAUCAGCCUCAUGCAUGUGAUCCUUGAACCGGUUCAGUACACCCUGUGGUAUGAUGCUUGGAAUACACACUUGCAAGCAGUGGUGGCGGCUGCCACCCGAGAUGCCCGACACCCAGCCAAUGGUCGGGGUCGAGGGGAUAGGACCACAUUAGCGCGUCUCCAGGGUGUAGCGGACGGCAUGGUGGGAUCUCCGGAAGGCCAGCUUAGGCUGUUGAGACCGGGAGAGUUAGCUGCAGUCACAACUGCGGCCCUACAGGCCCUUCGGGAGCUGGCUCGAGUUACAGAGCCUACUCUCCCGUGGGCGGAUAUCAAACAAGGCCCUUCAGAGCCUUUUGCAGAAUUUGCGAACCGCUUGAUUCGUGCAGUUGAGGGGUCUGAUCUUCCGGAGCCGGCCCAAGGUCCUGUUAUCAUUGAUUGCCUUAAGCAAAAAUCGCUCUCGGACAUACAGCAAAUUAUUAGGGCGGCCCCAGGCAACUUAACAACCCCAGGGGAACUUAUCAAAUAUGUGCUUGACCAUCAGCGCACUACUCCGUUAACAAAUGAGGGCUUAGCCGCAGCCCUCCAGCUCGCAGUACAGGCAGCUACACGCCCCAAGGACGGGGGAGGGAAAGGUGUCUGUUAUAAGUGCGGACAACCCGGACACUUUAGGACCAACUGUCCGAAUAAAGGUGGCUCAAAAACAGACACAGACAAAAAAUGCCAGUGGUGUGGUGGGGCGAGCCACACGGCGCGUAACUGCAGGAAGAUCAAGGAAGCGAUGCAGGGAAACGGCCAAGGGAGGGCGCCUCGGGCCCAGGGCACCUUCCCAAAUCAGAGCAAUGGGCCAAGGAGAACAUGCCCACCGUGGCAUUAGCCAUGGGAUUGGGGGACCGUCCACUAGUUAAGGUGGUAAUGUCAUAUGCGGGUCCGUGGCCCCAAAAAGAGGGACCUCGAACCACGCUUUUUACGGCUUUGCUAGAUUCUGGUGCGGACGUUACAGUGAUUGCGGAGGCCGAUUGGCCGACGAACUGGCCACUCACCUCGCAUUGGCAGCAUAUUGGGGGAGUGGGAGGCACAGUCCCAACAAAAGGGGCUGCAGAGAAAGUGGAGAUCGCUAUCAUUGAUAGGAGUGGGAUGAUGGAGGCACCGGUGUUGAUGCAACCCCUCGUGGCACCGGUGGAAGGAUCAAUCUUAGGGCGUGAUUUUCUCACGUCCUUGGGAGUUCGACUCACAAAUUUAUACUAAGGGCCACUGUGUACCACCUUGCGCUGCAUUUUGCCAUCCCAUUACGCUGGAAACGGGAAGCGUCUCCCGUUUGGGUGGAUCAGUGGCCCCUUCCAACUGAUAAAUUAGCAGCGCUGACGCAGCUGGUCUCCAGGGAACUGGAGGCAGGACACAUUGAACCGUCACUUAGUAGGUGGAACACGCCCAUCUUUGUUAUC